CGACGCUCGAGCACGGCCGGGGGAGUGCGCAAGCGCACUACGUCUGCCCUAAGGUAUCGGUAGGCAUGUUAACAGAGCGUUGGGCAGGUUUGGUUUUCCUCGGCUUUCUGAUGACUUGCGUAGAGCAGUCACGAGGCAUUGUCGGUGAUGAAGAAUUUCUGUAUUUCGCCUACGGGAGUAACAUGCUGCGGGAGCGGCUGCAACUCUUCAACCCUUCGGCGACGCGAGUGUCGGUGGGCUGCCUGAAGGGCUAUAAGCUUGCAUUUGGCAAUUGGAAUAAAAGUGAGAACCAAUGGGGAGGAGGUGUUGCCACUAUUGUUCCAAGUCCUGAUGAUGAAGUAUGGGGAGUUGUUUGGUGUUUGAAAAGCAGUGAUCGGCAGUCUUUGGAUGACCAAGAAGGUGUCCAGAGGGGAAUCUACAGUCCAAUAGAAGUCAAAGUUCAACAGAAAGAUACUGAAGAAGAACUUACUUGUUUGUCCUAUCAGAUGAAUAAUUUUAAUUCCAGCCUUACAUCACCACUUUACAAAAAGGUUAUCAACAAAGGUGCAAGAGAAAAUGGGUUACCUACUGAAUAUUUGAAGAAGCUGGAUACUAUAUUCACUAAUAAUUAUAAUGAAACUACCCCAUUUACAACACAAAUUAUUGAGAUUUUGCAUCAGGAUACAAAUAAUACAUAAAUAUAAAACAUAUUCUUGAGAAAAUAAUUGUUACAGAGGUAUAUCUUAAAUUUGGUUAGUUCAAAUGAUUAUGCUGCAUUGAAACUGAAGAACAAAAUUUUAUACAUUAAGAAAUUAGACUGGUGGAGAUUUACUUCAUGAUUUUGCUAUUUGAUUUUGCACAUUUUGAUUUUUAUUGACGUUGUAGAGCUUUUUAAAUCACUUUUUCCGUUACUAGUUUUAAUUACUAUUUAAUAAUUUUUAUGUUUAGUAAAUUUUAAUAAGUUAUAAAGCAUAGAAAAUGAUAUCCUAGACUCUUAUUGUAAAACACUUAUUGCAUUUGUCCAUACAUCUUCUGAUAAAAUAUCCAUAACAGGUCAAUAUAUAAUUCAAUGAUCAAGAGUGCAGAGGUGAGAGAUAUUGAAUCUUCCCUAUAGGCAAAUCUUGAUAAACUGCAUAAGCUUCUGAUGAGAACAUACUCCUAAAAAAAAUUAUUUUAUUUUACUUCCAUUAUGCCAUAUAGCAAAUCAGUGGUCCCAUUAUCUGAGAAACUAAUAGCAGUAGUCAUCAUUAUGCUCUGUGAAUUUGUGCAUCAUCAAUGGAUUGGAUUUUUUUUUGUAAGUUUAAUUGAAUUGAAUUUAUUGAAUUUCUGGACAACUUAUCAUGAAGCAAGUCAAUGCACAAAACACUCAAGAGUCUAGUGGAGGUGACUUUAAUUGCUGUCUUAACCCUGUUUUAGACCAUUCAUCUUUGAAAACGUUUGAUGAUUAGUAGAUCUGCCUCCUGUAUUCAAUCUUUUCUAAUGAAAUGUGACAUUAUUGAUGUUUGGCGUUUUUUACAUCCAACAAGUAGAGAAUAUUCCUUUUUUUCUCUUGUUCAUCAUACCUAUUCCAGGAUUGAUUAUUUUUUUGGCCAUAUUCAUUUGAUACCAUAUGUUCGAUCCUGUGAAUAUAAAGAAAUUGCUGUUUCAGAUCA